AUGCUGCGCCGAUACGUUCCGUAUGGGACUCGGCGUGCCCUGACGACGACGACGCGCCUUGCAUCCAAGGCAUCGUCCAGUCAGCAUGCGCACGAAGUGCAUGAACAUUCUGACUAUGGCGUCCGUGCACCAUUUUGGGAACGGGCCCUACUAGGCACCGGAAGUGCGUUGGGUCUCCUUGUGAGCCCGCGUCGCGGCGACCUGCUGACCGUACUCACGCAAGUCUCAUCGUAUCCACGUAUUGAUGAAUUGGUAUAUCAGAUGCAGUCGACGCAUGAAGGCAGGCGCUUGUUGGUGGAACGGCCAUCUAUCAACUCUCAUACCAUCGAUAUCGAUGCCCUGGCACAGCUGCCUACCGACUCAUUCGGGCGCGUAUGGUUCGAAUGGCUGCGUGCGAAUCACGUCAGUCCAGAUGGGCGGUGUGAGGCACAGUACAUGCCGACGUUCGAAACACGCUAUGUCAUUCAGCGCUACCGCGAGACACACGACUUUUAUCAUGUGCUUCUUGGCAUGCCAACCUCAACGCUGGGCGAAACCAUUGUCAAGUACUUUGAAGCCUCGCAUAUGCAUUUGCCUGUGGCCGUUCUUUCGGCCAUCGGUGGCAGCGCACGAAUUCUACGUGACGACGGCCAGGCAGUGCUAUCACAACGCACUACUGCCCUCGAUACUCCGCGGCUCGUCGGCUUAGCUGACUGGGCCUGGCGACUCGGACAGCUUGUGCGAACACCCCUCAUAAGUAUAGCUUGGGAGCGUCGAUUCGAGCAGCCUCUGGAUGAGCUACGUGCCGAGUUGGGCAUCGACGUGCCCCCGCCUGUCCUUCUCGACAUGACGCAAAGACCGCGCACGGCUCAGCGGACGGUUGCGCAUGUCGCGGGGCGUCGCUUCUUUGGAUGGCCAAGCAAAGUGUGGGAACGUCAUGGAGACAAGGAUGAGCGAUACGCUAAGUCUGAGCGUCGCCAUCACGGUCAAGCCUAG